AUGAUCCCGCGUCACGCUCAUAAGCGGUCUCUUUCUUCGGAGCAUCGCACUCUGUCCCCAGACAAAACAGUCACCAAAGCGAAAUCUACAACAAAUCUCACUGAAAUUGUAUCCGAUUCCACGUUCCAUCCCAAGUACGAGGAAAACAGUUUCAACACCUUACAGGACCCACGCUUGGUUGUCGGCACGGAGGUCUCACCGUCAACGUCAUCGACCCAUCACCCCGACUUGAGCAAUGAGGUCGCGGCAUUAAGUGUGAAACUGAUUCAAGCGAUCAACAAUCAGACCUCCUUGGAUGACAACCUCGUGGCAACGCGACAGGAGCUUGAGGCAGCUCAGAGCAAGAUCAAAGCCUUGGAGUUUCAAAAUGAGAAACAUCGUCGGGAUAUUGAUGAGCAGGUCUACAUCAAGAAAUCCGACUCUGAUCGUGAAAUUAUGCAAUUGAAAGCUGCACUUGCCGAGGAGAGGGCCGCACGCGCCGUGGCUGAAAAGGGCACGAAGACUAUGGAGCAAGAGCUCGAGGCCCUGACCGCUGAUCUCUUCGAGGAAGCCAACAAGAUGGUGGCUGCAGCUAAAAUUGACCGGGAAGCGGUCGAGAAGAAGAACGAGCAACUGCGCUCGCAAAUCAAAGACACUGAGUCUCUCCUUGCAUCUCAUCAGGAUCAGCUGGCGGAACUCAAAUCUGUCAUGCAAGGGAUGCACCUGUCUAAAGACGAUGUGGAUGCCCGCACCAACGCCUCAAGUGCACCGCCGUCCCCAGGCCACCCUCCGCAACUGCAGGCUUCAGCCAAACAAGAGUCUGACGAUGUCGAUAUUUCAGCAGCUUCAUGCAUUGCCGAAGAAUUAACUCCUGGCCCGUCAUGCAAUUUCCCCGAAAUGAUUCGUAUGGUGUGCCGCACCGAUUUGCCAGCAUACGAUGACUUUCGCGAUCUUUUGGUGCUCGCACGAGGCGCGAGCUCGAAACCUGCUAGCCGCGCCGGAAGCGGCUCGUAUGCGGGCUUGAAUGUGAUGAGCUUGGCUGGAUUUGGCGGUGGUAACUCGAACACAUCCUCGCCCACCAAGGCCUUCACACACUCUCCCAACGGGAGUCAAUCUUCGCAACCCGGCUCGCAUAUCCCUCUUAAAGACACGAGAUUCUAUAAACGUGUGUUAAUGGAGGACAUUGAGCCUACACUCAGACUUGACCUCUCACCGGGCAUUUCAUGGCUUACACGACGGACUGUUCUGAGUGGAAUAUGUGAGGGCACUCUUGUCGUGGAACCUAUGCCGUCAGCAACCAAAGUGUACGAAUUUCCUUGCUCAGUGUGUGGCGAGCGCAGACCGGGAGCCCAAAACGAAAGAACGCACCGCUUCCGAACAUCGGACAGUGAAACAGCCCAACGGUACUCCUUGUGUAUUCAGUGUCUGGAGAGGGUCCGUUCCUGCUGCGAGUUUACCGGCUACCUGCGUCUCAUCUUAGACGGACACGUUCGCGCUGCUGACAGGGAAGAAGAAAAGGAUGUUUGGGAAGAAACCGUUCAUUUAAGGGAGCGCAUGUUCUGGUCUCGAAUCGCUGCAGGCAUCGUCCCGAAAUUCGCCCGAACAGCCCAUUCCGCACAAGUGGAAGCUUCACAAGAGAAAUAUUUACAUCCCAUGGACAACAACUUCAUUGAGCCCGAAAUCGUGGAGAUGAAUCGCAUAAUCGAGGCAUCUCGCCCGAAAACAUCAUCUUCUAUGGCAGGACACUCCCUACGCUCUUUCGAUAUGGCUAAGCCUGUCACUCCCGAUCUCCCACAUAGGGAUGAUGAUGCUUCCGCAGAUGAAACACAUUGCAGACGAGGAUCCGUUGACUCCGCUGUCAGUGUCUACGAAGAAGCCAACGCAAAUGUCUCUGUCGACAUGGAGCGUAUGACCGAGGAGCCCAUAGUCGAAUACGAGCAGCCCGUCACCGAAGCGCCUGUGACGGAAGAGCCCGAAACCGAAGAACCCAUGCCGGAAACUCCCGUGGCUAAGAACCCAGACAUCAGGGAGCACCUCACCGAAGAUUCUAUGACCGAAUCCCCCAAGAUCGAGGGGCCUGCUACUGGAGAGUCUGGUGCUGAACAGCCCUCUUCUCACGACCCUUCCAGUGUCGAAUUCGCGUCAAAAGAAGCGAAUUGA